AUGGCGAAGACCAAGAUUGCCGUAGUCAUUGCCAUCCUAGCUCUGCUUCAGGUGUCAUGCGCCGCAGCACGGCGGCACGGCAAGCCAGCGCACGGCGACCACGAUGGCGACGACACCCCUGCUGUGAUGACGGUGAACGGAUUCAAGCGAGGUAAGGACGGCGGCGGCGCAGCAUCGUGUGAUGGCCGUUUCCACAGCGAUGACGACCUGAUCGUGGCGUUAUCCUCGCGGUGGUACGCGGGAGGGAAGAGGUGUGGCGAGGCUAUCCGCAUCACAGCGGAGAGCGGGCGCACCGUGAGGGCACGGGUCGUGGACGAGUGCGACUCCCAGGGAGGAUGCCGCAACAACAUCGUGGAUUCCUCCCGCGCUGUUUGGAAGGCGCUCGAGCUCCAUACGGACGUCGGCGAGGUCCACGUCACGUGGUCCGACGCCUGA